CUCUGCCCCACACAAAACCCAAGGCCCAGAAGUCCAUCGCCAAGACAAACACAAUCACGAGAUCGGCGACCAGCCCCGAACAAGCAGCAGCAGCAACACCACCGCGCACAACAACCCUGGGCUUUCCACGCGCCGGCAGGACCGGCCCUACCACCGAGCGCACCGUCGGGGAGGUCUUUGAUACGACGAAUUUGGAACCUAGAAAUAAGAGGAAGUGGAAGCAUACCACAAAUAACAGGAGGAAAAAAAAACAACGAAAACCAACGAAAAAAAAAAAAAAAAACAUUUGGGUCCUCGGCAUCAUCGAGCUCGAGAAGCACAAUGGACUCACCGACACGUCGACGGCGCCCAGCGGUGCACCGCUUCUCGCUGCGCUACCUGCUCGUGGUGCCGGUGCUACUGGCCGUCCUGACUGGCUGCGUGCUCUUUGUGCACGGCGACACAAACAUCUACAUGCUCUACUCGCAGUGCCACGCCCGCUCCCGGCUGCCGUGGCUCUCGCGCCUCCCCGUCCUCGGCGGCCCGGCCUGCUUCCUCGUCAGCUUCUUCGGCGAGGCCGUCGCGUCCGCCCGCGCCGCCGGCCUCAUGGCCGCCGUCCUCUCCUUCGUCGCCGGCCUGCUGACCGUCAGCACCGUCGAGGCCGCCCGCAUCUGCAACGCCCCCAGCCGGCUCAUCGCCUGCCCGACCGCGCCCUGGCUCGUCUUCGACCUGGUCGGCGGCGCCUUCGUCUGGCAGCUCGUCAUCAUCCCGGCCUUCUUCCGCCGCACCCGCGACAUCAUCGCCGCCCGGAAGCAGCAGGGCGGCGGCGGCGGCCCCCAACCCCUGUCCGGCCCGACCGACCCCACCUUUGGCGAGGCCAUGAGGCAUCUCGCCAGCCCCGCCGAGGCCGUGGCCAUCCCCGUCGCCGUCGCCCUCGGCUUCGUCCUGCCCGCCCUGCUCAUGCUUCUGCUGGCCCGCCCGGCCGCCGUGCUCGUCUGGCUCUUCUUCCCCGUCUGGGUCUCCCUCGUGCGCCGGCUCGCCCGCCGCGCCGCCCUGAUGCUGAUGGCCCGGCAGGGCUGGAGAAGAAGAGGAAGCCACGGAAGCAGCGGAAGCAGCCUGCAUCUCGAGUCGAGCCGGCCCGCCCUGCUUGCCGUCUACGCCCUGCCCGUCGCCUGCUCCGUCCUGUCGCACGCGCUCUUCAUCUGGACCCUGACGCAGCCCGACGACCGCAAGGAGAUGACCCGCUCCGCGCUCAAGUUCAUCACCAUCAACAUCUUUUUCGUCGGCCUGACUGUCCUGUACUGGAUCCUCGUCGAGGCUGGUUGGAGGGUUGCCCUCGUCAUGGUGGUCGCGUCCAUCGUGUUGGGCCCGGGCGCUGGUGUCUGCCUCGGCUGGGUUUACCGGGAGAAGACGGUCGACCUGGACCGGACCGUGACGGUCGUGGCCGUCGGAUCCCGAAGGCAGAGCGGAGACGCGGACCCAUCUGAGGAAACCCCGCUGUUGCGGUGAACCAGGGAGCGCACAAGCGGGAGGUAAGGGGGGGGGGUGGGGGGAGGCUUGGCGGAUGGAGUUGGAACAAGAUCAAUAAUUCAAGCAUGCUCUACGGAGUUAUUAAUAACGUUAUAAUGAUGUAUGUACGAGUACACGAGCCUAGAGAUGCCAUCAUGACCUCAGUAAUGUUGAUAGCAAGCAUGAUCGAUA